CACACCUACGUAAAGCAAAUGAUGGGGGGGGGAUAGCGCGGGAUUUUGCCAAGGUUCCGUUUGUUUCUUGAAUUUCCAACCACUUUGAUGCAGCCACGACAUAUGGACAAGUCAGACGAAUUAUCUAACUUGUCGGACGAUGAUUAUGUCCCUUAUAUACCAGUGAAGCAACGUAAACAACAGGAGCUUACUUCACUGCAGCGUGUAUUAGGUAAUCUUGCGUACACUGAAGUACCUGAGGAGGAACUAGACCAGGGUAAUACAGCAGAACAAGUUGAAGAUGAUCCGGAGGGUAUGACAAAAAAGUCAUCUGAUGACAAACAUCAUGGACCUAAUGCUCAGGGUAGUUUAUUUGAUAGAAUGUGGGAAUUAAAGCGAAAAGCUGAAGAAAGGAAGGAAACAGAACGGGAUAAAAAAUUAAAGGAAGAAGCUAAGAUUUUAGAAAGUGUUGCUGAAAAGACCGCUUUAAAAGGUGUUGCAGAACUAGCAAAAGGUAUCCAGUAUGAUAAACCAAUUCAAACCAGCUGGGUACCACCUGUAUAUAUCCGGGAACAAAGUGAAGAGAAAUCUGCAGAAAUCCGCAAAAAGUUUCGAAUUUUAACUGAAGGUGAUGAUGUACCUGCUCCUAUUCGACAUUUUAGUGAAAUGUGUUUUCCAAAGGCUUUAAUUGAUUUACUAAAACUACGUGGAAUAACAAAACCUACACCGAUUCAAAUGCAAGGUUUACCAGCUGUAUUAAGUGGUCGAGAUAUGAUUGGAAUUGCAUUCACCGGCUCCGGAAAAACAAUGGUGUUCUCAAUUCCAGUUAUAUUAUUUUCUAUGGAUCAAGAACAGAAAAUUCCAUUUAUUCAAAAUGAAGGACCUUAUGGUUUAGUUUUAGGUCCAUCUCGUGAAUUAGCUCGACAAACACAUGAAGUAAUAUGUAGCCUUAUUGAUGGUUUAGUCAAAGCUGGUUUCCCUUCUAUUCGUUGUUGCUUAUGUAUUGGUGGUAUGGCUGUUAAAGAACAAGCAGAUAUUGUUAAAAGAUCUGGUGUUCAUAUUUUGGUUGCUACACCAGGUCGUUUAAUAGAUUUACUUCAACGUAAAAUGAUUAAUUUAGAAGUAUGUCGUUAUCUUGUUUUGGAUGAAGCUGAUAGAAUGAUUGAUAUGGGUUUUGAAGAAGAAGUCCGAACUAUAUUCUCCUAUUUUAAGGGACAACGUCAAACACUUUUGUUCUCUGCUACUAUGCCGAAAAAAAUACAAAAUUUCGCUAAAUCAGCGUUGGUAAAACCCGUCACUGUUAAUGUUGGCCGAGCUGGAGCAGCUAGUAUGAAUGUCACUCAGGAAGUGGAAUAUGUGAAACAUGAAGCGAAAAUUCCUCAUUUACUUGAUGCUUUACAAAAAACUCCACCUCCUGUUAUUAUAUUUGCUGAGCGUAAACAAGAUGUGGAUGCUAUACAUGAAUAUCUUCUUUUGAAAGGUGUUGAAGCAGUUAGUAUUCAUGGUGGAAAAGAUCAAGAUGAACGUGUAUCAGCUGUAACAGAAUUUAGAGCUCAUCAUCGUGAUGUCUUAGUUGCUACAGAUGUGGCUAGUAAAGGUUUGGAUUUUCCGGAAAUUAAUCACGUGAUCAACUAUGAUAUGCCUGAAGAUAUUGAAAAUUAUGUACAUCGCAUCGGUCGUACUGGUCGUGGUCAUCAACGCGGGUUGGCUACAACAUUUAUCAACAAAUCAGUGGAUGAAUCCACUUUAUUAGAUUUAAAGCAUUUACUCAUAGAGGCUAAUCAACCUGUGCCAGAAUUUCUUGUUGAAUUGGCAUCAGCUACUGAAGUUGAACUUGAAAUGGGUGGUGAAGUUGGCUGUGCAUAUUGUGGUGGUUUAGGUCAUCGUAUAACACAUUGUCCAAAACUAGAAGCAAUGCAGAAUAAAGCUGCUAUUAAUCUGGGUCGUAAAGAUUUCUUGUCUUCUGCAGACUAUUAACAAAUUAUCAUUAUCAUCUGAUAAGCUGAAUACAGCCAAACAUUUGAUAGUUACUGUAAAUAAUUUAUAAAUUUAAUUUGUAAAUAAAAUCUUCAAUUGACGUUCGUA